AUGACGUUUCUUUCUCAAUCGAUUGGUGAAAAAAUGAAAUUAUAUAUUGGUUCAUGUCCAUAUGGAAGUAAUCUAAAUUAUAUACCAAUGUUUGAAGAAAAAGUAAGUCCUAAAGAUGAUCUUAAGAAAGAUUUUGAUUUAGCAAUAAAAUUUUCAGCCGAUGACAAAGAUCGAAUAGAACGAGGUGCUUUUUCAUAUGGAUCUAAUUUUUGGCACAAUAAUCUUAAAACAGAAAUAACAAGUUAUAUAACCGGAAGUGGUUUAAUCAUUAAUGAUCGAUAUAUUAUUACAGCAGCUCAUCUUUUUAACCCGUUAAUAGAAGAACAAGAUGUAUUUGUGCCAUAUAAACGUAUUGAAUUUACGUCGUUAUCGUAUGCAUCUGAUCAAUUAUUCAACACAGAUAAUACAAAUGUAUUUGAAGCUGAAAUGAUCAUUCGUGGUAUUAAUGACAUUGAAUUACAACCAAACAAGAUUCGUUCAGAUGAUGAUGAUGUUGCAAUUUUGAGUAUUUGUAGAUUUGAACAAAUAAAAGAUAUAUUGAUGCCAGAAAACAAAACGGACUUUUGUCCACCACGAUUGUUGGACAAAGCCGAACUUGAAUCGAAUUCAUUAUUAUUUUUGCUGACAUAUUGUUCAACAAUGCGAACAAAAAAAGAUGUGGAAUUUUAUGAAGAAUGUCCUAAUUAUUCAUUAUAUACAUGA